GAUACAUGCAUUAAUCCUCAGAAAUUUGUGGACAUGUCGAAGGAGGAGUAUUUUAAUCUUCCGAUAUUGAACUUCGAUGAGGCCUUAAAGGACCCAGCAGAAGGAGGCAACGAAGUCGUCAGUGCUCUAGAGAGUGUUGGAUUCCUAGGGAUUGUUAAUAUUCCAAAUUUUGAGGUGGGGAAAUUGAAACACUGCUGCGAAUGGUUUUUCAAUCGACCCUGGGAAAUCAAAAAGGCUCUUUUAAAAAGGUCGUUUAACAAAGAAAAUAGCAAUGUGUAUCGCGGAUACUUCCCGGUGGUGGAGAAUUUACCGAGCAGGAAGGAGGGGUUUGAGAUAGCUGCUGACGUGUCGCCAGACGACACUGACGUCAUCAGCGGAAACUGGUUUUACGAAAAGUCUAUAUGGCCGCCAGAAAAUGGAGACUUUGAAUUUAAGGCAACGAUGAUAAACAUGUAUUGGGUUUUGCAUCAGGUUGCCAUGGAUAUUCUUAAGCUUGCAUCUAACGGAUUGGGAUUUAAAGAAAAUGUAUUUGAAUAUCUGUUUAAGGACAAACCAUGUACAACUUUUCGGUUGCAACAUUAUCCCCCGUGGAACGGUAAACCACCUGAGAAUGCUAUCAUAGAGGACGGAAAGGUUGUAACCACACCCGUACAUACAGACUCGUGUUUCUUAACUCUUUUGGCAACAUUCCAUUUUCCUGGACUUGAGGUUAUGACCCCGGAAAGAAAAUGGCUGCCUGUUCGUCCAAUCCCUAAUGGCCUAGUUAUGAAUGUGGGUGACCUUUUAAGUAAAAUGGUUGGAGGUCGUUUCAUUGCAACACAACACAGAGUCCUUGACAUUGGUGUUGAUAGAUUCUCCGUACCGUUUUUCUUAGAGCCUCGAUUUGAUGCCGAUAUCAACGUUAAUAUUGUAACCCAAUCUAAAGAAGGAAAACCAAACUCCAUUUUGAAGUACGGUCCUUGGGUCUUGAAACAAAUGGAAGAUAAAGGAUUCUUUGAAUUCAAAGACCUUCCAAAGUUUUAAUCUAUUAAUGCCGAAUAUAUCAUUUUCAAUAAUAAAAGUUAAUCCCUUCUUGUAAAAUUAAUUAAAUUU